UGUAUUUGCCGCGCGCCAUUUUCCCAUGAUGCAAUGCUCCCUCAGUCCGCCACAAACAAAAAUCUGGUGUGAGAGAUCGGGCGAGUUGUGUCGAAGAGAGAAGUGCAGGCUUCUUCUUCCUAUUAUUGUUGUCGGUGGUAGUGUUAAGCUUAUUGUUUAUCAUCACGGUUGGUAUAUUUGCCUUCAGUUUCUCCAUUCGAAGUGAUAACCGUACUUAUUUUGCUGUGUGUAUCUUUUUGCGGGGUCGAAAAACGAAGAUGGGAUGCGAAGACGAGGUAUUGAAGAUUGGUAAAAAACUGGAGAAGAUGAUAUCCAGUGGAACAUCGGACCAUGCUGCUUCAGUAGACCUCCUCAAAUCCUUACAGGAUUUACCUAUGACUCUAGAUGUGCUCCAGAAAACCAGAAUUGGAAUGACAGUAAAUAACUUCCGUAAGUCCAGUAAUGCCGAUGAGGUGAUCAGUCUGUCCAAGGCAUUGAUUAAAAGUUGGAAGAAACUCUUACCAGGAGAAAGCACAAAUUCCAAAUCAUCAUCAUCAUCAUCACAGUCUUCUGCUAGAAGCAACAGUGUCAACAAAACAGAUGAAUCUUCACGUGACAGCACGGACAGUAAUUCUCAUGAUGUCAACAAGAAAAUGGAAGGUGAUGCCAAAGGUGGCCAGUCUGGCACUAAACCAAAUGACACAAGUGACCCUAUACGUCUCAAAUGCCGGGAGCUUCUCUUCAAUGCUUUAAAAGUAGACAAUCCCCCUCCUGGUGUCAAACCAAUGCCUGAAAUUGCUUCAGAAAUUGAAGAUUCUAUCUACCAAGAAUUCCGAAACACUGACAUGAAGUACAAAAAUCGUGUUCGAAGUCGUGUGGCCAAUCUAAAGGAUCCGAAGAACCCUCAACUGCGGGAAAGUGUGUUGCAGGGCAUCAUCGACCCCUGUCGAAUGGCUGGAAUGACCGCUGAGGAGAUGGCCAGUGACGCUAUGAAGUUAUUGCGGAGCAAAUUAACCAAAGAAGCCAUUAAUGAACAUCAGAUAGCUCAGACAUCUGGAAGUGUCACUGAUCUCAUUAAAUGUGGCAAGUGUAAGAAGACAAACUGUACAUAUAACCAGGUCUGUUGGAAUUUUUAUGCAUUAAUCGAUGCCAUAAAACUUGUCUUUCAUCUUUGUUACUUGUUGGAAUAUUUCUCUAUUUUAUGGACUUCCACCUUCCAUCCUCUUUUCAUGUUAUUUGUAACUUUGUACCAAACAGGUUUUAUCUCCUCCUGUUCUGAGUUCAUAUCCUAUUCAAGCUAAACUUGCCUAACAUCU